AUGUCAGUGUUUAAUAUUACAUUUCAACCUUCUGUCUUCACCCUCACUGGCCUCCGAGGUCUGGUAGGAGCCCGCCUAUGGCUGGGACCACUUCUGAGCCUGAUGUACAUCACUACAAUGGCAGGGAACUGUACAGUGAUAUACUUGGUGAAGAAUGAGCAUAGUUUACAGGAGCCUCAGUACUAUUUCUUGUCCAUGCUGGCUGGAGCUGAUAUUGUCUUGUCUAUCUCAACACUCUUCUCUGUGCUCAAGGUCUUCAUCCUUGGCCUCUAUGAAAUUGCAUUUGAUAGUUGCCUCACUCAACUCUUCUUCAUUCACACGUUCUCUUCCAUGGGUUCAGGAAUCCUGUUGGCCAUGGCUUUUGACCGCUUUGUGGCCAUCAGUCACCCCCUGCAAUAUACCACCAUACUCACUAACUCACGAGUCAUAAAAAUGGGGAUGGCAGCCUUGCUGAGAGGUGUAGCACUCAUGACUCCAUUGCCUAUCCUGCUCAAGAGGCUGCCUUUCUGCAAGGGCCAAACACUCUCCUAUUCCUACUGUCUCCACCCAAAUGUCAUGAAGUUAGCUUGUGGCCAAGUAAAAAUCAAUAUUUUAUAUGGACUGGUUUUGGUAAUCUUUUCUUUUGGGGCUGACUUUCUGCUGAUAGUCAUUUCUUAUGCACUGAUAUUCCAAGCAGUACUGGGUAUUGCUUCCAGAGAAGGUCAGAUGAAGGCACUCAACACCUGUUUGUCUCACAUCUUUAUUGUCCUUAUUUACUAUGGACCUCAUUUGGCAAUAACCAUAAUGCAUAGAGUCAGUCACAGAAGUUCCCCAUUAGCACAUGCAGUCCUGGGAAAUAUUUACCUCUUUAUGCCUCCGAUGCUCAACCCAAUUGUGUACAGUCUGAAGACCAAGCAGAUCCGUGCUGCCAUGAGUAAAACUUUUCCAAUCUGGAGAAGUUGA